CCUCUUCUCUCCCCCUCCCGCACCUUCGACCCGCUCUUACUCUCGCGAGAGCCUGACAGGCUAUAAAGGCAGCUGCGCGCGCUAACUUCGUGCGUCUUCUUCCUGACUGCUUUCGUUGCUUGUGUUUUGAGGCUGUUGAUAGCAAGAUGUCUUCAGGAAAUGCUAAAAUUGGGCAUCCUGCCCCCAAUUUUAAAGCCACAGCUGUUAUGCCAGAUGGUCAGUUCAGAGAUAUCAGUCUAUCUGACUACAAAGGAAAAUAUAUUGUGUUCUUCUUUUACCCUCUUGACUUUACCUUUGUGUGCCCCACGGAGAUCAUUGCUUUCAGCGAUAGGGCAGAAGAAUUUAAGAAACUGAACUGCCAAGUGAUUGGUGCUUCUGUGGAUUCUCACUUCUGUCACCUGGCAUGGAUCAACACACCCAAGAAACAAGGAGGACUGGGACCCAUGAACAUUCCCUUGGUGUCAGACCCCAAGCGCACCAUUGCUCAGGACUAUGGGGUUUUAAAGGCCGAUGAAGGCAUCUCAUUCAGGGGCCUCUUUAUCAUUGACGAUAAAGGUAUCCUUCGGCAAAUCACUGUAAAUGAUCUCCCUGUUGGUCGCUCUGUGGAUGAGACGCUGAGACUAGUUCAGGCCUUCCAGUUCACUGACAAACAUGGGGAAGUGUGCCCAGCUGGCUGGAAGCCUGGCAGUGAUACCAUCAAGCCUGAUGUCCAGAAGAGCAAAGAGUAUUUCUCUAAGCAGAAAUGAGUGCUGGGCCGUUUUAGGAUCAGGCUGCAGUAGACAGUCAUGAGAACAAAACUUCUCUUGUACUAUUGUCAUGUUUAAAACACAAGAUCUUAGACUUAGCUCAGAUGUGGUAUGGGACAGGACUGGCCUUUCCUGCAAGGGUUGGGGAGGCCAGCCUUUCUUCUUAGGGAAAUGGCCUGAACUUUGCUAUGGGGCAGGCCAACAGAUGUGUAUAGUAGUGGGGCAUUACUUUUGACCUUUUGUAGUUUCUAUUAAACUGGAACUGAGA